AUUUUUCCAUUUUGAAUUAGAGGGUCAUGGUGCAGGUAGGUAUCAUCGGUGCGACCGGCGCCGUGGGCAAGGAAGUGUUGAGCGUGUUGUUCGACCGCAAGUUCGCCCUCACUAGCGUGCAUUUAUUUGCGUCCGAGCGGUCGGCCGGCAAGACGGUCGAGACGCCGUAUGGCCCGUUGGUCGUGAAGCUUUUCUCUGUGGACGCGGCUCGUGAGAUGGACUACGUGUUCCUCGCGGUGUCAGGGACGUUUGCUUUGGAACAUGCCGAGGCGAUUGCAGCGCCGGGAGGAGCGAUCGUGAUUGACAACUCGUCUGCGUUCCGCAUGGAAUCGCAUGUGCCGCUCGUGGUCCCCGAGAUCAACGGCAACACGAUUGGAGACCGCCGGUUGAUUGCGAACCCGAACUGCACGACGGCGGUAGCGGCCGUGGCACUGUGGCCGCUGCAUUGCCACUUCACCAUCGAAAAGAUGAUUGUGAGCACGUACCAGGCCGCAAGUGGCGCCGGGAUCGAGGGUAUGAACGAGCUCAUCGAGUCGACGAAGGCGAGUCUGAGCGGCGCGGCGCCGUCGCACGCUGUGUUUGCGCAUCCGCUUGCGUUCAACGUGAUCCCGCACAUUGACGCGUUCCAACCCAACGGGUACACGAAGGAAGAGAUGAAGGUGACGUGGGAAACCAACAAGAUCUUUGGCGAGUCCUCCAUCCGGAUCAGCUGCACGGCCGUGCGCAUCCCCAUCCUUCGCGCGCAUUCCGAAGCCAUCACGAUCCAGACCCGCCGUCCCAUCUCCCCCGACGCUGCUCGGGAACUCCUGCGCCAAGCCGACGGCGUGGAUGUCGUGGACGACCCCGCCGCCACCGCGUACCCCAUGCCCCUUAACGCCACCGCCAAGUACAACGUGGAAGUGGGCCGCAUCCGCCAGAGCAUCGUCUUUGACGAGCAUGGGCUGGACCUGUUUGUGUCGGGCGACCAGCUGCUCCGAGGCGCGGCGCUCAAUGCGGUGCUCAUCGCCGAGUACGUGGCGCACCCGUACCCGUCCAAGUUUGCCAAGCAGAUUUAACCAAAUGUAUGGGACUAUCAAAGCCCUGCGAACGAGUACUAGUCUAUUACUAGUAAUAUACUAAAUAGUAGGUACUAGUAUCAUCUAGUAGUAUUAUAAUUGGUGUACUAGUGGUGGUCUUGGUUGGGG